AUGCCUCCUCAAGUCUCCUCAUGCCUCCUCAAGUCUCCUCAUGCCUCCUCAAGCCUCCUCAAGUCUCCUCAUGCCUCCUCAAGUCUCCUCAUGCCUCCUCAAGUCUCCUCAAGUCUCCUUAUGCCUCCUCAAGUCUCCUCAUGCCUCCUCAAGUCUCCUCAUGCCUCCUCAAGUCUCCUCAUGCCUCCUCAAGUCUCCUCAUGCCUCCUCAAGUCUCCUCAUGCCUCCUCAAGUCUCCUUAUGCCUCCUCAAGUCUCCUCAUGCCUCCUCAAGUCUCCUCAUGCCUCCUCAAGUCUCCUCAUGCCUCCUCAAGUCUCCUCAUGCCUCCUCAAGUUUCCUCAUGCCUCCUCAAGUCUCCUCAAGUCUCCUCAUGCCUCCUCAAGUCUCCUCAAGCCUCCUCAAGUCUCCUCAUGCCUCCUCAAGUCUCCUCAUGCCUCCUCAAGUCUCCUCAUGCCUCCUCAAGUCUCAUCAUGCCUCCUCAAGUCUCCUCAUGCCUCCUCAAGUCUCCUCAUGCCUCCUCAAGUCUCCUCAUGCCUCCUCAAGUCUCCUCAUGCCUCCUCAAGUCUCCUCAUGCCUCCUCAAGUCUCCUCAUGCCUCCUCAAGUCUCCUCAUGCCUCCUCAUGCCUCCUCAAGUCUCCUCAUGCCUCCUCAAGUCUCCUCAAGUCUCCUCAUGCCUCCUCAAGUCUUCUCAUGCCUCCUCAAGUCUCCUCAAGUCUCCUUAUGCCUCCUUAG